UGCUCAUCACUUUCUCUCUCAACCAACUCUUUCUCUCUCCUCUCUGAAAUAGUGAAAAAAAAAUCUUUACAGUUUUUUCGUCAUGGAAGAGUAAUCUCUAGGCAAACCUUCGGGUGAUUAACGGGUCAAGAGCUGCAAGGAGCGGAUCUGAAUGUUUUCGGAUUGAAAAAGUGGUGAUGAAAUUUUAGGAUUUUUUAAUCUUGUUUUUCACUUUUCUUGCUUUGUUCUUAAUCCUCUCUUCUUUCCGGGUUUGAGAAAUACAAGCUAUGGUUCCAAUUGACACAGGUAUUCCCUUGGAUUGUUGUUCUUUUUGGGUUUUGUAUUGAUUCUUCUCACUUCGGGUAAGUGAAAUACAAGUUGUGGUUCCAAUCGAGGACCGUGGCUCCUUUUUAUGAUCUUGAUUGAAUCUUUUCUUCCUUUCUUUGGGUUUUUGGGGGUACUGUUGUAUUAGGUACAACAACAACAGGGGAUCUAAGAUUUCUCUUUCAAAUUUCUUUUGUGUUCUGAUUAGAUUUGCCACUGCAUAUAAUUAUCAAGCUGUUUUUCUCAUUCCUCCCCUUUUAGGUUGUUCUCGGUAUGGUAGUGAUAAAAAAAAAACGAGGAUAUAGAGGGUUGAAUCUACCUUUGGUCUGAUUCUCUUAAGCUUGCAAUUAUUCUUUUUUUUUCUUUCAUGUGUAACUGGAUUGUAGACCAAUUAAGUAGUUGUCGGUAUCCCAAUUGAGAUUGGGUAUGUGGAUUCGAAUUUUGCAAUCUAAUUUCCUUUGCCGUAAAUACCAAUGUUGAUUGGGUCUGUUUAUUUUUGUUGCCUCUAAGCUGUUUGGUGAAAGUCCUGAACUGUCUUUCUCCUGUAUUUGGCCUCUCUUGCAUCCUAUCUUGAAUGAUUCAUUCUAAAAUUUUAGGUUUCUUACAUCAGUUUGGUCAAAUUUUCGUUUUGAAAACUACUUUCAAUCUUUAACCUUUGCCUUAAAAUUAGUAUAAAUUUAUCAGUUAAAUUUUCUUUGGUGUUGUUAAACACUUGGGUUGACAAUUUUGUCCCAAAAGUGGUAGGUAUCUUAAAAUAAGUAAUUCACAACUAUUAUUACCUGUUCAGGUGUAUGUGCAGAUGUUCGUGUUAAUUUUUAAAAGUCAUCUCCGUUAGGUGUGCUUUAUGAACCAAGUGUAUGUGCAUUGGGUUUUAAAGGAAUCGUGUUUAAUUUCGAAAUUUUCUGAUCUUAAAAGUGCUUUCAUAGUUCUUAGAUGAAUAAUAGGGCCUAGCACUUCGGAAAAGGCGAAGUCACUUAUUAAAAAACAAUUUCUUCAUUUUUAUGCACUUUCACUUAUAGUAGUGGUUUCUUUUUAAGAUGAUUAAGAGUUCUGUUAUGUCUUUUAUUAGAAAAUUUUAGAAAAUGGUUUUGAUCAUUCGUUUGGGUUAAUUUUAAAAAUCCAUGUUGGUCUAAACAUAUUCAAGAAAUCUAAGGAGUUAAUAUUGGUAGGAUCAAAGUCGUUGUUCUUACUAAGUAAAUUGUUAAAAGUAAAAUUGAUAGGUUAAUUUUUGGGAGGCUCGUUGAUCUGUUUCUGGUUAUAAGAUGGUUUUAAGGGUAUUCACAUAUAGUUUCUUGGAAGAUUAAGGACUAGGAUAUGAUUAAUGAGAAUUAUCUAGCGAUAAGGUGUUUCCAUCUCUAGUCAAUUUUGUUCUAUGUAUUGUUAAACUUUCGAGGCAUGUCUUCGCCUUUGCUUGAUUAUUUUCCAUUAAGAACCAGUGGUAGCCCCAUUGUUUUAGUACCCUUAUCUCUGCGUCUUUACAAAUUAAUUUGAGUAAAAUCAUCAUCACUUUUUUGCGAGUCAUAAAAUCAUAUCUAAACCUCCGCUCCUCUGUCCCGAUAAAACCCAAAGGUAAGCUGACGUCAUCUCUUGAUUUCUCUCCUUCUUUUAUCUCCCGUCUUAACCUUCUUUUAUUUCGUCGUAUCUUCUUAUAUUCAAGAUAUUUUGUGUAUGUUUCUGGUAAUUCAAUUUGAAGUUAUUUCUACUGUUUCAACAAACAAGAUUUUACAGCAGGAAUACAGGUAGCAAAAGCUUGAGGGAUUUUUCCACUCAAGCUUUUGACUUACAUCUUUUUUUUUAAGAUAGUCUUUUGUUUUAUCUUGAGUUACGUUUUUACAGAAUUCUUAUAAUCUAUUGCAUACAUGAUUAAAUCUUAGUUGUUGCUUUAAUUCCUAAAACAUAUUUAGCUUGUUUUUUAGCUUAGGAUUAUAAGCUGAGGUUUCAAUACUUUUUCCUCAACAUUCCCUGAUGUUUUUAAAACCCCUGGUUAUCUUAAAAUCAAGCAUAUCAUUAGUUUAUAUUAUGUUUUCACUCAUAAUUUGUUGUUGUUAUAUUAUAUUAUUUUGUUUUCUAAUACAGAACUUGCUAAUGAAAAUAUUGGCCUGGAACACACAAGGGUGUGGUAAAAAAAAACUAGGCAACAGCUAAACCACUUAGUAAAUACUAAAAAAAACAGAUGUUCUUUUUUUUAUCUGAAACCCAAUCUCAAAGGUGCUUAAUGAAGCAUGUGCUUAAUUUUUCCCAAACACCCACAUUGUUGACCCAGAUGGAAUCGCUGGGGGCUAGCAAUUGCUUGGGUAGAUGGUUUUCAUUUUGAAGUGGUUCAAUGGAACCUUAACAUGAUUAAUAUCAUUGUUAAAAACAAUUUUCAUUCAAAUGAAUGGCUUCUAACUUGUUUUUAUGGUUCUCCGAAGAAUGAAUUUAAACUAGAAAUAAUGGGUUACUUAGAGAAUAUUGCUAAUCAAAUUAAUAUGAUUUCAGUGUCAUGGUUAGUAAUAGGAGACCUGAACAUUAUCUUCAACAGUGAUGAAAAAGAAGGAUGUCUUCCUUUCAAUAGGAAAAAACUGGAACCAAUCUUAAAUUUAAUCCAAAGAACUGGAUUAGAGGAUAUAGGUUUCCGAGGUAAUAUUUUUACCUGGAAUAACAAAAGAGAAGGGCAUGCAAACAUUAAGCAAAGGCUUGAUAGGGGCUUAGCUAAUGCAGAGUGGAUUCUUGAAUUCACAGAUGCAACUGCAGAGUGGAUUCUUGAAUUCACAGAUGCAACUCUUGAAAAUUUGGUGGAAAUAGGAUCUGAUCAUAGUCAUAUCUGUCUUAAUCUCAUCUCUUGUAGUUUACAUUUAGUUCCAACUUUUAAGUUCUAUGACACCUGGCUAAAAGAACCUUCUUGUAUAAAGGUUAUAAGACAAUCCUGGAAAUGUUUUUCUGAUUCUCCGGCUUUGAAAUAAUUUGGGAGAAAAUUUGAAAUUUUGGAAAAAAAAAUAUGUUUAGAAAGCCAAAUAAAAAAAUUAAGCAUAUAAUCAAACGAAUUGAGAAUCUCUCGGCUAAAACAUCUCAGGGGAGUAUUAGUGAGCUAAUAAACUAAAAAACUUUGGAAUUAGAGGCUUUGUACGACACUCAAGAAGAAAUAGCUAAACAACAAUCUAGGAACAACACAAUUUCCUAAGGAGAAAGAAACACAAAAAUUUCAUGUCACAACUUUAAAAAGAAGAAAUAGGAACAAUAUAGAUUGCAUUCAGGAUAGAGAUGAUAAAGUCGUUACUUCUAGACAUGAAAUUGAAGAUGUUCUCACAUCUUACUUUUCUGAUCUUUUUUCUGAAAACUCUGUUAAUACAGAGGAUGAAAUUUUUAAACAUAUUAUGUAACACCCCAAUUUUCGGGCCCGGAUCCUGCUCUGAUACCAAACUGUAACACCCCGAAUCCUUCCCGGAUCCCAUGCCUGAAAAUCGGGGUGUUACAUAUUAAGCCUUGCAUCUCUUUGGAAGAAAAUAUAGCUCUAACUGCUAUCCUAACUUCAGAAGAAAUUUGCGAUGUAGUGAAAAAGCUUAAGUCUAAUAAAGCACCUGGGCCCAAUGGCUUCACAGUGAGCUUCUUCAAACAAAACUGGGAAACUGUAGGAACACAAUUGAUAACAGUAGUACAAGAUUUUUUUCAAAACUAAACAACUACAUGUGGAUCUAAAUAAGACUUUCUUGUUUUUAAUUCCAAAAAUUAAAAAUCCCAAAUCCCUUUCAGAUUUUAGGUCAAUUGGACUUUGUAACACUCUUUACAAAGUCAUAGCUAAAUUAAUGGCUAACAGGUUCAAAAUAUCUUUAGGAAAAAUCAUUUCCCCCUUCAAUCUGCCUUCCUCUCUUCUAGACAAAUCUCAGACAAUAUUAUUGUUGCUCAUGAGAUUGUCCAUUCAAUGAAGAAAAGUAAAAAGAAAACAGGAAACAUAGGAGCAAAAAUUGACAUGUCUAAUGCAUUUGAUAGAGUUAAUUGAAACUUCUUGAUAAAAACUCUAGAGGCCUUUGGUUUCUCUAGCCAUUAGAGUGAAUUGAUUUAUCAAUGUAUCUCUACUUCUUCCAUAUUUAUUUUACUAAAUGGGAACCCCUGUAAGGAGUUUAAACCAACUAGGGGAAUAAGACAGGGGGAUCCUUUAUCUCCAUAUUUAUUCAUCCUAUGUAUGGAGGUUCUUUCUAGACUCCUCUGUCAUUUGGAAUCUGUGAAACAGGUAAUAGGUAUCAAACUCAUCCCAAAAUCAACACUUAUUUUUCAUUUAUUCUUUGCAGAUGACCUUUUGCUUUUCACUAGAGCUGAUUUAGGCAGCUGUAAAAAUCUUCUGGAAGCUAUUAAUCUUUUUAGUAAAGCCUCUAGGCAAGUAAUAAAUUUUUCAAAAUCUGGUCUGUUUUUUUAGUAAAAAAGUUCAUAAUAAACACCAAGGUAUUAUUUCUAGGUUAAUGAAAAUCAAAAAAAUAAAUAUCAAAGACACCCAUUUAGGAGUACCUUUAUUCAUAGAUAGAUCAAAACUUAAGUUCUUUGAUAGCAUUAUAGAAAAAAUGGAACAGAGAGUUAAGAACUGGCUAGCAAAAAUCUUAUCCCAACCAAGUUAGAUUGUUCUAAAUAAAUCUGUUCUUUCUUGUAUGCUAAUUUUUAGCAUGGGAUGUUUUGUUUUGCCUAAAAAAAAUACCAAAAGAAUGAAUGAUAUUCAGACAGAUUUCUGGUGGGGAAAACAUACUAAUUCCAAAGGUAUUUACAUAAAAUCUUUUGAUUUCUUAUGUAAACCAAUUGACCAAGGGGGUUUAGGUUUUAAAGAGGAUAACAAAGUGAAUCAGGCUAUGAUUAGCAGGAUAUCCUGGAGAUUGGUGAGUAAUCCUGAUAAUUUAUGGGAUCAAAUUUUAAAAAGAAAAUACUUUAAAAAACAGGAGCUCUUCAAUCCAAAAAGAAAUCAACAACUUGUUAGAUUUGGAAAUGCAUUUUACAAGGUAUUGAGCAUAUCAAAAAGUAUAGUGUUUGGGAUGUAGGAAAUGGAUUCCCUAUAUAUUUGAUGAUAAAUGGUUACCAAACAUGGAACAAACUCUAGCUAGUUUUGUCCCUAGAAACUCUAAUAUAACACUUGUGUCUGAUUUGAUAAAUCAUGACACAAAAAAGUGGAAUGAUUCUUUGUUACUUUCAACUUUUGAUAGAUCUUUGGUCAGUGAAAUAAUGAACAUAAGAUUAUACACACAAAGUGAUGAAAAACUGAAAAAAGAUAAAUUGAGAUGGUUACUUGCUAGAAACGGUGAAUUUUCUGUUAAAUCUUUAUAUGCAAAGUUACUGAAUCCAUCUAACACCAUCCCUGACUAAACAAAGAAGUUUUGGAAAGGAUUGUGGAGCAUUAAUACUUCGCAGAGAAUCAAAAUGUUUAUUUGGAAAUGACUGCAAGAUGCAUUACCUACUAAACAAAAGUUAAAAUCAGUGGACAACAAAUGCAUUUUCUGUAAGACUGAGGUGGAAUAUACUUUUCAUCUGUUCUUUGACUGUGACUAUGCUAAAGCUGUGUGGAAUCUACAACCAAUGGAAGUUCAGAGAGUACCUCACAACUUAGUUUCUCUUAAUACUUCUUUCUUGCAUAAAUAUAAUGGAUGGUUAGCAGGAGAUUCGAAUUCCAUCUCAAUGGCACUAGCUGCAACAAAGUGUUGGUUUAUUUGGAAAGAAAGGUGUCUGAGGAUAUUUGAAGAUAAAUCUAUAACACCAAUUCAGUUAUCACUAGAUAUAUCAAGACACUGUGAGUACUGGCAUCCAAUGACUUUGAACAGUUUGAAUUAAACACAAGACAGAACUAUCAAACCAAAACCACAAUGGACCUUCCCAAUCACAAAUACUUUCAAACUAAAUUGUGAUGCUUCUUGGUUGUCUGAAAAAAAAUAUAGGCUUUGGUUUUGUUCUUCAUAAUUGGACAGGAACCUUCAAGGGGGCAGAAUCAGGCAUCUUCAGGUCUUCCACUGCGGAAGAAGCAGAAGCUAUAGUUCUCCUUCAAGCAGCUAAAUGGGCUAAAAUACAUAACAUACAACAUCUGGUCGUAGAAGGAGAUAACAGGGCAACAAUUAAGUAUUUACAGGGAAAGGAAUCAACUAUCCAAUGGCAAAGCAUUGUAAUACUAGAUGAAGUUAAGAAGCUAGUAGAACAAAUGGUAUCUUUUUUGGGUUUCCGGUACGUAGACAGGUGAGCAAACAAAGUGGCAGACCAGUUGGCAAAGAAAGGAAGAAAAGGUAACAUUGCAAUUUCUUGGUUAGACCAAGCUCCCUUUAUUUUGAUUCCAACAAUUUCUUUUGACAUGGUCAAAGCUUAUGAAUCUUGUAAUAUAAGUACAAACCUUGUAUCAAUUCAAAAGAAGGUUAAUCUUACAUAUUCAGUCAUCAACAAGACAACUCUAUCUGAGUUCGCUCCUUAUGAGACUGAAUCAAAUGCUUAGCCUUCUUUGUUUCCAGUAAUAUAUUUCUAUUUUCAAAAGAAAGGAAGUCGUUGCUCCUCAGUCUCCCUUCGGGCAGGAGCGGAAGCACAACCAUGCUUCCCCUGGCUGGAGCCACCCACAAAGGCCCAAAACACAUUUCUUUGUGUCUAAUUCAUGUUGGACCACAAAAACAGUAGGAACAGUAUGGUCAAGCUCAGGGUGAAAAUAUGGUCAAGCCUGGCUGCCUGGGGUAAGGAAGGUUUCUGGUUCUGCCACUGCCUCCAGCUCUAGUUUAGGUUCAUCGGCACAUCAAGUUAGAUUCAUCGGCACAUUAAGAAAGGUAACUUAGCUGGUGCCGCGUUGGAAUUGGUGCGCCUUUUGUUUUUUGACGCCGCAAAGGAAAGUAUUUAGGAAUUCUGUUUCUAGAAAGAGGGUAUAUAUGGAAAUCGCACAAUGAGAUAUUCAAUGCAUCUCGCAUUAUAAAUAGAACAAUAGAGUAAACCCCGUUACUUGCAUAACACACGUAAAGAUUAUUUUAGGGUUUCAUUAGGGUUUCAAAGCAGCAGCUCAAAACAUGGCACCCAAACCUUCCAAGGCUGAGAAGAAGAUCGCUUAUGAUAAGAAACUCUGCAAGUUUCUUGAUGAAUAUGGUCAGAUCUUAGUUGUUGCUGCAGACAAUGUUGGAUCGAACCAGUUACAAAACAUCAGGAAAGGUUUGCGUGGCGAUUCAGUUGUUUUGAUGGGAAAAAACACUAUGAUGAAGAGAACUGUUCGUCUUCAUGCUGAGAAAACUGGAAACAAUGAUUUCCUUAACCUCAUUCCUCUUCUUGUGGGAAACGUUGGGUUGAUCUUUACUAAAGGAGAUUUGAAGGAAGUUAGUGAAGAAGUCAGCAAAUAUAAGGUUGGAGCCCCUGCUCGUGUUGGACUUGUUGCUCCUAUCGAUGUUAUUGUACCACCAGGCAACACAGGAUUGGAUCCAUCACAAACAUCCUUUUUCCAGGUUCUCAACAUUCCAACCAAGAUUAACAAGGGAACCGUCGAAAUUACAAUCCCAGUUGAGCUUAUCAAGAAAGGUGACAAAGUGGGUUCUUCCGAAGCUGCCUUGCUAUCAAAGCUAGGCAUAAGGCCGUUUUCUUAUGGUCUCGCUGUACUCUCGGUGUAUGACAAUGGUUCAGUCUUUAACCCAGAGGUGCUUGACCUUACUGAUGACGAUCUAGUUGAGAAGUUUUAUGCCGGUGUAUCGAUGGUUACUUCACUCUCAUUGGCUCUCUCGUACCCUACCCUUGCUGCUGUACCUCACAUGUUUGUCAAUGGAUACAAGAAUGUUCUUUCUGUCGCUGUUGCCAGUGAAUACUCCUUCUCUUAUGCUGAUAAAGUGAAAGAAUACUUGAAGGAUCCAAGCAAGUUUGCAGUUGCAGCUGCUCCAGUUGCUGCGGCUGCUGCUUCUGGUGGUGCACCAGCUGCUGCUUCAAAGGCAGAAGAGAAGAAGCCAGAGCCUGAAGAAGAGUCUGAUGAGGAUAUUGGGGGGCUGUUUGGUGACGACGAUUGAGAAACUGUUCCCUGAUGAUUUUUCCUGCUUGCAUUUGCAUCUUAUUAUCUUUAAACUCAUCUUUAGUGUUUAUACAGUUUGUUAGAACUAUCACCCAUAAUCAGUGUUUUGUUGAUAUAUUGCCAUUUUAUUGGGUGCGGUUGUUUUUCACUCGUAUGGUAGGAGAAAUAAAAUCAUUUUGGAACUCAGAAAUCUGUGUGUGUGUUUUGUUCUACCUUUUCUUGUGUUCAAUGUGAGUAUUAUUCGAAGGGAGUACAAGUUUUUACA